UCAGUCGGCAUUUCUCACAGUCUACCCAUACCCCUUCGGUUAUACCAAUCGGUGUUGUUGCCCUGUUUCGGAGCGAACACUACUACUGCUAGCUGCCCUAUAUAGAAGACAUGGAUGACGAGAAGUCGGGAUCGGCCGUAAACGAUGAGCACGUGGAGUUUGAUCGGUAUCGACACAUUCAGUAUUUUGCUUACUGCGUGCGACAAUUGCCUGGAUCCUACAGCAAGCUCGAUACAAAUAGGCUCACGCUUGCACACUUCGGUGUACAUGCGUUGGAUAUGUUGGGCGUUUGGGAAGACGAAGCCAUGCAAACCUCGUUGGGACUCGAAAAAAAGGCAAUCAUUGACUGGAUUUAUGCCAUGCAAGUGCCAGCGAAGAAGGAACAUCCUUCCCAAGCCGGAUUUAAAGGUGGCAGCUUUUUGGGUGGAUCAUUCGAAGAUACUGCGGAUCAACCUUGGCAGUAUAAUCACGGGCACAUUGCCAUGAAUUACACCGCAUUGGCAACCUUGCGCACCUUGGGCGACGAUUGGAGUCGACUCGACCGGAAAGGGAUUUUGGAAGCAUUGAAAGGAUUGCAGUUGACCGAUGGUAGCUUUGCUUCGAUAUCGGUUGGAAGUGAACAUGACAUGAGGUUUCUGUAUUGUGCCUGUUGCAUCUCGCACAUGCUGAACGACUGGAGCUGUAUUGACAUUGACAAAGCCAUUUCUUAUAUCCGGUCAUGUCGAGGUUUCGAUGGGGCUAUUGCUCUUUUGCCAGGACAAGAAAGUCAUGGAGGAAGCACUUUCUGUGCAGUCGCGAGUCUGGUCCUGAUGAAAGCGGUUGACAAAGUCAUAGAUAGAGAAUGGCGAAGGGAUCUUCUCAGAUGGUGUGUGAAUCGUCAAGUUUGCGGUAUGCAAGGACGACCGAACAAAAACGAAGAUACCUGCUACUCUUAUUGGAUUGGAGGAACACUACGACUGCUAGACAAUGAUCAGCUUUUGGACCAUACCGCUCUACAAAGUUUUGUAAUGAAUUGUCAAACGCAAAUGGGUGGAUUUUCGAAACUGAUUGGAGCGUAUCCGGAUAUGCUGCACGCCUACUACAGUCUUGCGUAU